AUGUUUGUCGCGAUCGUCGGCACACGUUACGCUGGGAAGUCUACUAUCAGAGAUUAUCUGGUGUCUCGUGGAUUUACAUCCAUCUCCCUGGAUCUAACCGCGGACGAACCGAUGCACUUCUCUUCAGCUGCUCUACUGCUUGAGUAUGUGACUGAGCGGUGGCGACUGAAAUUUGUGACCACCGACUUGAAGACUAAAGAUCUCCUCGAGUCUUUCUCUACCCGACCUUUUUUCCUACUGUUACACCCUUUUACCCCGUUACGGAACCUCCAUAAUCUCGUCGGGCUUAGCAUCAUCAAUGCGUUUGACACUAUCCAAGAACUGCACGAGCACGUUUUUUCUUUAGAAAUCACCAAUCUGGAACGCUUACGCCCACGAUGGGACACCUAUUUUAUGACCCUUGCAGACCUAGCCUCACACCGGUCAAACUGCAUGAAACGCCGCGUGGGUGCAGUCCUAGUCCGAGACAACCGAAUCCUUGCCACCGGCUACAACGGUACCCCAAGGGGUGUUACCAAUUGCAAUGAAGGCGGCUGCAUACGGUGUAACCGCGGCGCAGCGGGAGAGAACAGCUUUUCCUGUCUGUGCCUCCACGCGGAGGAAAAUGCCCUUCUAGAAGCAGGCAGAGACCGCAUCGGUUCCAAUGCCAUUCUCUAUUGCAACACUUGUCCCUGUCUGACCUGCACGAUCAAGAUCAUCCAGUGUGGUGUCAAGAGGGUUGUCUAUAAUCUCAGUUAUAAAGUUGAUGAAGCAUCUGCGGAAUUAUUCAAGGAAGCCGACGUGGAGCUUGUCAAGUAUGCCCCCCCACCGGAAGCAUGA